CAUCCGGUGGUGAGAAUGGCGGGAAGUUUACAACUUGAAAAAGAUGUUCAACAACAAAUAGAAACAUUUGGGGAACAGGAUCAUGCGCUGGGACGGACACUUUCAGUUUUAUCCAGAUCUGUUCAAAGAAAAAGUCUCUCUAAUGGACUAGAAGAAGCUGUGUCACGGCUGGAGCGGGAAAUCUCUGAACUGAGGAACACAAUCAAACAGAAGACUAUAGCGGUGUCUAAAAGAUCACAGGACCUGUAUGAGCUUCAGUAUGUAAAGAGGAAAAAGAAACCAGAGGAAAUUCAGGCUGAAGUGGAGAGGCUGCAGUCACAGAUUGAGAGAUCAAAGGCUAUCACUGGUUUGUCCAUAGAAAAAUACAGAAAACAGGAAAUCGGUGAAGAGAGACAGACUAGCUACAGUAUAGAAGGGAGUGUCCUCGGAAAUGAAUUCAGUGUUCAGUUUGAGGCUAUAAAGACAGAGGAAGAAGGUCAUGUGACCAUUGAGAACCUGGCUCUGUCGGUGGGAGAUGACGUUUUACAGAAACUUCACCAGCCAUUACUUCAGCUGAGUGACAACAAUGCACUGGCUCCUUUUUUCUCUCUGAUGGAGCAGUAUUCUAGAUGGAGUUUACAACGGCAAGAAACAUUCCAACACUUCACAGAAAAAUAUCCAGACACAGUGUCCACAGACUCUGAUGACUCAUCAAUAUUAGUGCUCCAAAGUCCACAUAUUCCUAAUAGCCCAUCCCUCUGUGUGUGUUGGUCAUUUACAGUUGACCCUUUGUGUCAAUUUCACCCUGAGUUGAGGUUAGAGGUCAUCAUCCAUAAAAAAUUGCUAGAAGCAGACAAGGACAAUGUGAUGAAGAAAGCUCCAGAGGUGUUCCAAAAGAUGUUGGAUUCCUACGGAAUUGAGAGAGCCCUGGAGACAAUGAUUCAGUUAGUCGCGGGAACCUGAGAACUAGGUCAAUGUUUGUAGAGCUGAAAGUGAGGCAGAUAAAAGAACCUGAGAACUAGGUCAAUGUUCGUUAAGCUGAAAGUGAGGCCGAUACUUACGGGAUGUUGUUACUGUACCCUAUAGUGGGGGAUUUUAUGGAGCAAGAAACUGUUAUAUUGGAGCAGUGAUUUUGACCUCAAAUGGACAUAGCAGUUGAGACAUUCAAAUGAAAAUAGAAAUUGAGCCAUUGAAUACCAUAUAUAUGGACAUAGCAAUUGAGCCAUUGAAUAUAUCUCCUAAUGCAUGCUGUGUUAAGUUGUCCCACUCUCUAAAGGAUUAUUAAUCUUACUUCAAAAAUUAUUUGGUAAUAUGUGAACAUAUCGGAUAUAUAAGUAACUUAAAAAAAAUUACAAAUGUUAAACCUUGAAAAAUCUCUCGUGAUUAUUUUUUGUUAGUUGUUGUUGAAAUUUAGAUAGAACACUUCAGUGAACCCGAUUUUUAAGAAGUCAUGAAUUUUACUUCCAGUUUGACUUGAACACAGCUUUUUUUCAAAGUCAGUGAUGAGUGCUAAUAUGACAUAGAUCGUGUCCAGUUUUGUAAUCGACUUAUUUGAUCGUGUAUAUAAGAGUUCUCCAUGUUAAGAGUUAUAUAAAAAAAAAAUUUAAUAAAAAUUUUAAGUCAAAAGUAAAAAAUUUUGCAACUGAUUGUGAACCAGGCAACUGUCACCAUUGUUAUAUAGAUAAAUUGUUUAAUUAAUUAGGUUAAUUGGGCAGAAACUUAGUUUUAUUAGAAAUUUUGUUGCCGGGGUUACUCAAUAAAGAAUAAUUUGUUUGAUUAAUUAGAAAUGCUACUGUACCCUUCCUGACAAAUCAUUCUCAGGAGAUUGUUUACAUGACAUUGUAUAACUCCAAAUAAAGUUAGUAAAUGUUCAA